AUGAAGUUCACUCCUCUUCUCCUCUCAACUCUUCUCGCCAACACGGUCGUUGGUCAGACUCCUGACAAGACCCAGGAGAAGCACCCCAAGAUCGAGACAUACCGCUGCACCAAGGCAAAGGGCUGCAAGAAGGCGACAAACUACAUCGUCGCCGAUGCAGAGCUUCACGGCAUCAGCCAGGCCAACGGCCAGAGCUGCGGUAACUGGGGUGAAGCCGCCAACAAGACGGCCUGCCCCGACGAGGCAACAUGUGCCAAGAACUGCAAGCUCUCUGGUAUGAACGAGGCUGCGUACAAGGCCAAGGGUAUCAGCACCUCUGGUAACGCUCUCCGUCUGGAGAUGCUGCGCAACGGCCAGUCUGUUUCUCCCCGUGUUUACCUCCUCGAGGAGAACAAGAACAAGUAUGAGAUGCUCAAGCUUACCGGCGCUGAGUUCUCUUUCGAUGUUGAGACUCAAAAGCUUCCUUGUGGUAUGAACGGUGCUCUGUACCUUUCUGAGAUGCCUGCCGAUGGUGGAAAGAGCACGAGCAAGUACAGCAAGGUUGGUGCUGCUCAGGGUGGUGGAUACUGUGAUGCUCAGUGCUAUGUCACACCCUUCAUCAACGGAGUGGGUAACAUCAAGGGCAAGGGUGUCUGCUGUAACGAGAUGGACAUCUGGGAGGCCAACUCUCGCGCCACCCACAUUGCUCCUCACCCCUGCAGUGUCCCUGGUCUUUAUGGCUGCACAGGUGCCGAAUGCCAGAAAGAUGGUAUCUGCGACAAGGCUGGCUGCGGCUGGAACCACAACCGCAACGGCGUUCCUGAGUUUUACGGACGAGGCAAGAACUUCAAGGUCGACACGACCCGCAAGUUCACAGUUGUUUCGUCAUUCCCCGCCGACAAGAGUGGCAAGCUCACAGAGAUGCACCGCCACUACAUCCAGGACGGCAAGGUGAUCAAGAGCGCCGUCGUCACCCUCCCCGGACCUCCCAAGGUUACCGGUAACAUCAUCACCGACAACUACUGCAAGGCCUCGCACGCAGACGACUACAUCCGUCUCGGCGGCACAGAGGAGAUGGGCGAUGCCAUGACCCGCGGUAUGGUUCUCGCCAUGAGUGUCUGGUGGAGCGAGGGUGACUCCAUGGAGUGGCUCGACGGACAGGGCGCUGGCGCUGGACCCUGCACCAAGGAGGAGGGACUUCCCAAGAACAUUGUCAAGGUCGAGCCCAACCCUGAGGUUACGUUUAGCAACAUCCGCAUUGGCGAGAUCGGGUCGACACACGCGGUGAAGAUGCCUCGCGUGUAUGGCGCUCACCGCCUGUAA